AAUGAAUAUUGCUUUAUUUUACUAUUAGAAUUUUUAGAAUCCAUGAAAGUCGCUCUUUUGAAUGGCGCGAAAAUCAUAUUUUUUGCCGUUCAAAUGAGGUGAAUUUCAAGAUGGCAGAUUUUUAACAUAACCUACUGUAUUCUUGUGAUUGCUAUAAAUGUCGUCAGGGGUAAAUAGAUAAAAAGUAAAAUAAGAGUGAGGAUGAAUGCUUCAAAGAAAAUAAACGUUAAUUUUUCAUCAUUGGUUGGUUUAAAAGCUGAGCUUUUGCGUAAACAGACAGAGGUAAAUGAUGCAAAAGCGAAAAAUGAAACUGUGCGAACAAUAACAAAACAACCAAAGGUUAGGACAAAAAAGGUUAAGGAAGAGAAACCCGAGAAAUCUAAUGAUUUGAUUAUUGAUAUUGAUGAUAUUAAUGCACAUAAAAAGUCUAAAUUAAUGUUGGAAGCGAAAUCACGAUUAUACGAACGAUUAAAGAAGAAUCGAAACAAUACUAACCCACUAUUCCUUGUGGAUUUCUCAAACAAAUCUGACGAAUCUGAAGAGGAUCCUAUCAAUCAAGAUGAUUAUGACGAGAGAACUUCAGAUCCAGAGGAUGAUUGGAUUGAAUAUGAAGAUUGUUUUGGGCGUACCAGAAAGUGUCUACGUCGAGAUUUACAACAAAUGCGAGACAAGGAUGAACUUGUUAAAGAUGCUGUUAUGAAAAAACCUCAUAAUGAGACAGAUUCAAAGAAGGAACAAGAACAGCCAUACAGCAAUAUAGUAGUGCAAGAAACAGAACCUGAGAUUGAAAUAAUGAGAAGAAAAUGGGAAGAACAGACAGAAAAACUAGCAGAUAAAACAGAUAUACAUUAUCAAGAUGUUUUGUUCGAUGAAGCUCGAGCUCACGGUGUUGGCUAUUAUGCAUUUUCUCAAGAUGAGGAGCAAAGAGCAAAGCAACAAGAAAAUUUGACUAAAUUGAGGAAAGAAACAAUGCAAAAACAAAAGGAAAUGCAGGAGAUGAAGGAACUUAGAAAUAAGAUGGAGGUAAAUAGGCUGAAAGUGGCAAGAAUUCGGCAAAGAAUCAGAGCUGGUUUACCAGCUGAGCCUACUGAAGAGGAAACUAAGCAGGAGCUUGCUGAGAAAAAAGCUAAUGAUAAAAAUGAAACUACAAGUGUGGCGAAUACUGAAAAUAAUGAUGAUGAAAAGAAAAAUGUAGAUACAAAGGAUAAUUCAAAUAAACGUGAUGUAGAAGAAGAUAGUCUUAUAACCAUUGAGAAUAAAAUAAAAGCUUUUGGUGAAUUACUUGGAAAAAGAACUCAUUGGUAUGAAAUGUCACAAGAAGAAUGGGUGAAUAUGCGUAGAAAAGAUAGACUCGAUGAAUUUGCUCCUUCUUAUAAAAUGUUUAAGAGUGCAGGUUAUUUGGAAGGUAAACGAGAAAAAGAAAUUAACGACAUAGACAAUAUUAAUGAUAUUGUUGAGACUGUUGGUGCCGAUACACGUUCCAUAUCACCAAAUAUUAAAAGUGAAAUGAAAAUUCCUGGUCCCCAUAAUAUUUCUAUAGAACAAAGUAUCCCGCAGCCUAUUGUACCAAACUCGGAUGCUCACACAGAUUCCGAUGAACAAUCUGAUACAAACAAUUCCGAUAUCAUAGGACCUUUACCAGCUACUAUGAUAGAUCAACAAAUUCAAAACAUAGUAUCCAAGAAUAUACCAGUGAAUUACUUCAAUUCAGAACAAUCUGGACAUCCUGAUUCAUCAGAAAGUCUAAUGAUGCCUCUACCAGGAGCAUAUCUAUCACCACCUCCAAGUAUUCCUUGUCUAAACAUUAGUCCUGAAAUACCAUUACCAGUUCCACCACCUAGUGCUAUUGAAUAUUCUCAAGUGACACUAUCAAACAUACUUCAUACUAUACCACCUUCCAUAACUACAUUAAGUAUGAAUAAUGAAAAUCACCAUAUCGGCACAGAAGAGGAUCACAACUCUGAGAAAAACAUAAAUCCAGAAACAAUCGCUGCAGGACUUAAAUACUUGAGAGAAGUAUUUGAAGGAAAAAAGAAAACGUGAUGGUGAAAGAUUUGGAUAAUAUACUUAAAAUCAAAGUAUGAUUAAUUAUUGAGAUUUGUUAAUCUAAGUUGUAAAAUAUGUAAAUAAUAAAAGUGUUUACUUCUUGUUUUAAA